AUGGCUUCAUCUGAAAACAAAGUCCUGGACAAUGCCCAGCACUUUUUGGAGUGUGCCAACGUAGGGUGUAAACGGAACUGUCAGGUUUACUGCGAUCUUUGUAAUCGACGAUUGUGUGAACAAUGCAGUGAUGAACAUCAAAAGAGUCCGGAAACCAAGAACCAUAGAAUAAGACCUUACCAUAGGGGAAAGUCAUGGCAUCCGAUCGAAAAAUGCCGUUACCAUGGUGACAAAGUGACCGAUAUAUUUUGCGAGGAAUGCCAAGCGCCAAUAUGUGCAAAAUGCGCUAUACAAGAUCAUCAUGGGCACGCAUUUGUGGAUUUGGAAACGGUAUAUUCAGAGAAGGUUGCACUCUGUUCUGCGAAAAUUUCCCAAAUUAAUAAGUUUUUUCUACCAACGACACAGGAUCAGAAAACGCGCCUAAAAGAGGAUGCCAAAGAAAUUAAGACAUAUAUGGACGGUCUGAGAACAUCAAUGAAGGCUGACGCCGAAUGUCUUAAACGUCUAGUGGACAUGGUGAUGUCGAAGAAAAUGGAGGAAAGUCGAGAGAUUGAGAUUGAGUUGAUAGAUUCGCUGGACAUACAAGACAAAAAAUACGAUGAUUACAUUUCUUAUUUAAACAACCUCAAACAAGAGUUAAAUAGCUACUCAUCCAAAUACACACUCUCGGAAAUGAUUUUCUUCGUUUCUGAUGAGAAAUUGGGAAUAAAACCCAUACCCAAGACAAAAGAACCGAUCUUACCGGAGUUUGCUUGUAGUUCUGGAAAGGCUUGCGAGGAGGAUAUAGCUAAACUACUUCUUAGAUUACAUUUACCCGACAAGGAACCAAAUGAAAGAGAAAUACCAUCCAUGGAAGAAGGCGUUUCCCAGCCUAGCAACGAUGAAAGUAUAACGAACAGAAAUAAUUCUGUAUAGAAUAAGCACUUCCCUCUGACACCAAAGCAUUGUCAGAAUGAUUUAAAAGCCUGUCUUUUUCACAACGUAUAUUGGUUGUUUCCGAUUUUUUUCAGUAAAAUUUUGUAAAACGUUUCGUAAAUAAAUGUACUAUACAUAAUACAA